CUAGCCCACAGGUACCCAGCCCCGCGAUUCCGGGGUGCUGUAACCAUGGGGAAGGCAGCAGGCAAUGAGGCAUACUUCCAGAGGUGCAACCUUUUCUGGUGCGCCGUCAUAACCCUCUCCUUUGGCUAUUACACGUGGGUUGUCUUUUGGCCUCAGAGCGUCCCUUAUCAGAGCCUGGGGCCCCUGGGCCCUUUCACUCGGUACUUGGUGGACCAUCAUCACAGCCUCCUGCACAACGGGUUUUGGCUGGCCUGGCUGAUUCAUGUGGGAGAGUCCUCCUAUGCCAUGGUAUUGUGCAAGUAUAAAGGCAUCACAAAUGGUUGGGCUCAACUGUGCUGGAUACUACAAACAUUCCUGUUUGGGAUAGCAUCUCUCUCUAUCCUGAUUGCUUACAGACCGAAACGCCAAAAACAAACUUAAAGAAGAUCUCUAAAAAGCUUCCUCUAUGUUGACAUUCAGUCUGACCUUUUAGGGGGGGGUGUUCUGUUUACUUGAUCUUUCUACUUUCUAGAAAGUUGAAACUCUAAUACAGCAUUCUCACGCAUAUUCUGGUUGAGGUGAAGUAGACUAUACUAUAGGAAAAGAUUUUAGUUUUCUAGUUCUUCGGACUAUGGUGGAGGGCUUCCUGAGGUCCGUCCUCGACUAUCUGGGUGCUCUCUCUUCGUCUUGUUGACACCCACACUGAGCGAGCCUGUUAGUAUACCGUUGUUCCACUUUCUGCUUCAAGCCCUUUACCCUUAGCACCACCAUCUUAUCUUCCUCUCCCCAGUCUUUUCUCCUUUUCAGACCCAAGAUCAAGUGACACUUCAUUUUAACACAUCUGCAUUCCACACACAUAUUUAGUAAUUACUUGUGAGACAGGGACUGAUCCUCUCAAACUUUCAUUUCUCACACAGCGAAAGAUGAGGUGAGCACAUGCUGGGAGCAGGCAUUGAGUGAUCACAUAGAGAAACGAAGCACAUGCUGACAGCUGAAGGGAAGAACUGGGGAACACCUUUCCUGCUCCUGCCAGUCAGAAGUGCCCCUUCCCUCUGAGUGGCCCCUGGGACACAGUACUUUGUAGGGUGCAGGGGUCUGAUGGCCAUUGGUAGAUUGUACCUUCAAAUCAGAAUAACUUCCAGCUUUACUUUGCCCUUCAGUCCUUUUCCCACUGCCUUGCACACAUGUGUUUUAUCAAUAUUUAUUGACCAAAGCACAGAGAUUGACUUUACAUUCAACUCAUUCAGAACCAUUACAAUUUUCAUGUGACAACUAGAAUACCCAUGCAGGGUACCCUUGUCUCAAAAGUAAAAGGCUACCCUACCCUAGUGUUGUACCGUGGUGCUGUGGGUCCCCUGAUAGGAAGUCUGUCUUUUUCACACCUUCCUAUUCUAAGCCAUCUUCUCCAGACUCUAGAUGUCUCCGUCCAUUUCUCACUCAGACACAUAACCAUUCCUAGUCUAGAGAAUCUAACCCAGGAGUUAGGUAGCUAGUUACUAUCUGUCACAUUUGCCUGGUUAUACUGACUGGUUGGGGCAAGAGAGUCAUUGACUCUGUCUCUUGCUCUGGUAAAAUACCUGUGACCCCUAAGAUCCAUUAUGGCUCCUCUCCUGGGAGACCAUGUACGUGAUCCUUCCAAGGUAUAGUGUGGCCUGUUACUUAUUUUAAGCAAACGUUUAUGAAUAACAGCCUCCUCCAAGUGAAAGAGACUCCAAGUGAAAGCAGUCCUAAAAGAUUAAAGACGAUGAGUUGUUUCUGGUGAAGGAGUAAUUUCUACAAACAUAACUGUCUUUCCUUUUUUUUUCUUAUUAUUCAAAAGUUACUUUUUGGUAAGGAAAAUGAUUUUUGUUCAUAAAGCUAAAACUUCCUGGAAAUUCAGCCCAGGAUUAAAAGCAUGGUUCUUACCAAAGAGAAUUGUCAGGGACAGCUUAUUGAAUGAAAUGGAUUAAUUUGAAUAAAAUGCUGUGAAUUCUCCA